GAAAACGAUUCCAAUGUUUAUUUUAUAAUCUCCAUCACUCUCUUACAGCUCAUCAGCCGCACCCCCAACAGGAUUAUCACAUAUGGCCCGCAUGAUGGAUUCUCUAAUACUAGAUCAAUAUCCACCAUUUGCAUUCACCAAAAUAACCACAACCCAUAGACCGUCAAAGACGGGUAAUGUUAAAAAGACCGAAACCACAAGAACUACAUCUAUGGGAGGGCUAGUGCCGCCACAAACCUCAACAGGUCUAGGUAUAAGAUUAAAAAAUCGCAUACCGACACAAGAAGUUUCACCACAACCGAGACCAAAUACAAAUUUACCCUCAACUAAUGGACCCUCGACAAAUGCCAUACAUUCUAAUUCAACAUCAUUUCCCACACAUAAUGACAACCGCUGGAUAUCAUCUUUGAGGCGUAGAGAUCCUGAGUUACAGCCCACUUUACCCUCUAUAAAUCUCAGUCAUCAUGGUAGUUCACACAAUGUGGCCAGCGGUUCACUUGCUGAUCGUUCAGAGAAACGUAAUUCGAGAUCUUUAAAAACCUCCACAAUGCCCAUACGCAAAAGUCGUUCGGUGGAACGUGUUAGAGCACGUAAAAUGAUCAAUUCCCAAAUGAAAAUGAAAGAAAAGGUCAAGAAGAAUUCCAUAGAUGAAAACUCCAAUUCAGAUGAUCAGGAAGCUACCUCUCUCGAAGAGAAUUCCACCUCACAGAGCACACCCAAGAAUUCACCGAAAACUUCCUCGAAAUCAAAAGUUUUCUCACCCUCCGGCUAUGAACCGCAUUUGGUUGAGACCCUAGAGAAAGACAUACUUCAACGACAUCCAGGUGUUAAGUGGACCGAUGUGGCUGGUUUGAAUGAGGCUAAAUCAAUACUGCAAGAGGCGGUAGUUUUGCCCAUUAUAAUGCCAGACUUUUUCAAAGGUAUACGCAGACCUUGGCGUGGCGUUCUAAUGGUUGGUCCUCCCGGUACCGGUAAAACAAUGUUAGCCAAGGCUGUGGCUACCGAAUGUGGCACUACAUUCUUUAACGUCUCCUCCUCGACUCUCACCUCAAAAUAUCGUGGAGAAAGUGAAAAGCUAGUGCGCUUAUUAUUCGAAAUGGCUAGAUUUUAUGCUCCCAGCACUAUAUUUAUCGAUGAGAUCGAUGCUUUAUGUUCGGCGAGGCGUAGUGAUUCGGAGCAUGAGGCUAGUCGUCGUUUUAAAGCUGAACUAUUGAUACAAAUGGAUGGAUUAAAUGCCACAAUGCAAGAUGAUAAAGUCAUUAUGGUUUUGGCAGCCACUAAUCAUCCGUGGGAUAUUGAUGAAGCUUUUCGUAGACGUUUCGAGAAACGUAUUUAUAUAGCGUUGCCGAAUGAGGAAACCCGUUCGGCUUUAUUAAAACUCUGCUUAAAAGAUGUAAAUCUUUCACCUUCUCUUGACACCAACAUAAUUGGUGAUCAAAUGAAGGGCUACUCAGGUUUUGAUAUAAGCAACGUUUGUCGUGAUGCUGCCAUGAUGCCGAUGCGUCGUCAAAUUUUCGGACGUACACCCGAAGAAAUACGACAAAUACGUCGUGAAGAAAUCGAUUUACCCAUUACCCUGCAAGAUUUUGAAGAUGCUAUGCAGCGUACAAAGAAAUCUGUGUCGGCCGAUGAUGUACAUCGUUUUGAAAAAUGGAUGGAAGAAUAUGGUUCAUGCUGAAUUUGAAUUGUUCAGAAAUCUCCGAGAACUUUUUAGGAAAUACAAAAAUUUGCUCAUAUUUUGAAAUUUUUAAAAUCAGAUUAAAAUGAAUUUCAAUUAAAUUUAAGAAGAAUAGGUUUUGUUUCGCAUAUAAUGUUUAGAUUUUAUUUUAAUUUUUAUUAAAUUGGAUAUUAGUUCAUAAUUGUGGUAAUUUAAUUAUUUAAUAUUCUUUUGUGAUUUUUUUUGGCGUUAUUAAUUUUUUGAGUUAAAUUACUUCCAUAGUUUUAAAUAUCUUGUUUCCAUGUUAAACGUCAUAAUUUCCUCUUUAUAAAUCCAGUAAUUAAACGUAUUGCACAAAUAUAUUUAAAUAUUUUACAAAUACCUACAUAUUAUAAAUCCUUAUUAAUAAAGUAAAUCCUUAAUAAAAUAAAUUUUUAUAA